GGUUGAAGUGAUUAGGUGAGCCUGGAUUUCCAGUCUGUGUCAGAACCGUAAGCAGACCAGAGGGCGGGUGGUAUACUGUGUAGGAGAAAAGGACUGCGGGAGGGCGUGGCCUGCUGCUGCACUGCACAGACGCACGGAUACGCACAACGUGCGUGCCCAGUAGUGAGGUGCGCAAGCGUGAGGCGGCCGAGGCGUGACGUCACGGCCCGCGUCUGGAGCUGCUGCAGAGUCGGGCUGGUUGUCCGGCUCUCGCAGGCGGUGGUAGUCCUGCGGCGGUUUUGGCGCCAUGUUCGGCUCAAGCCGCGGCGGUGUGCGCGGCGGGCAGGACCAGUUUAAUUGGGAGGACGUGAAGACUGACAAGCAGAGGGAAAACUACCUGGGGAAUUCGCUGAUGGCGCCUGUGGGCCGCUGGCAGAAGGGCCGUGACCUCACUUGGUACGCGAAGGGUCGCACGCCGGGCGUGGGGCCGAGCCGCGAGGAGGAGCUGGCGGCCGUGCGCGAGGCCGAAAGGGAGGCUCUGCUGGCCGCGCUAGGCUACAAGAACGUGAGGAAGCAGCCCACCGGCCUGAGCAAGGAGGAUUUCGUGGAGAUUUGCAAGCGAGAGGGAAGCGACCCCGAGGAGAAGAGCGUGGACCGGCUGCUGGGGCUGGGAAGCGCCAGUGGCUCCGCGGGUCGUGUGGCUCUGUCGCGGGAAGACAAGGAGGCCGCGAAGCUGGGGUUGUCGGUGUUCACGCACCACCGCGUGGACAGCAGCAGCCAGGGCACCUCUCCAGCUGCGGCCAAGAGGAAGCCACACGCUGAGGACAAGGCGGAACAUGGCAUUGAAAGCCACAAGAGAAGCAAGAAAGAGAAGAAGAAGAAAAAGAAGAAACAUAAGAAACAUAAGAAGAAGAAAGACAAAGAACACAAGAAGGAGGCUGAAGCCACUUCCUCCUCUCCUUCUCCUGCUCGGCCUGGGCACCAGCGGCAUGAUUCUGACUCCUCCGCCUCCCCCUGCUAUAAAAGGAGGAAAUGGGGACAUAGCAGAGACAGUGGAAGGACCCCAUCCCACAGACGACAGGACAGAUAGCUCUGAUGACUGAGACUACUGGACUGAUAAGAUGCCAGAUCCCUGGCUACCCUGAGCUGGGACCCUGCUUGCUCACCACUAGGCUCUGUAAGAAUUGGGCUAUGGCUGCCACUUCCCAACUUGGGUCAGCUGUGGGCCCACCCAGGGAAACCCAUCUUGGUAAGGCAGGUAGCUGUCCCUUGAGUGACUGAGCUGUGCCUACUGGACCUUGGAAGCUGACUGGCCACUGGGGAGGAGGGCUGCUUUGUGGUAACCUCUCUAGGUUUCUGUGAAGGGGGACUGCAGAGCCAAGACUCGGUUGUCUGCUGCAUCAGUCUAGGUACUCCAUGCUUAACUGUGACCAAGUAUGGUUACUUUUUUAU